GAAGAUGAAGCAUCUUGCCAUAGUUGCAAGCUGGCAAAGGAGGCCCAAACAAGAUUGGAGAUUUCCUCUCUUGUCUAUUCCCACACUGUUCCUGAUCUCAACCUCAUUUGGAGCGUCCGGCACCUGCUUAAAACCGAGUUACCCCAACUACUCACUCAGACCACCAACCUAGACAUGCUUUUGAAGCAAGUGCAGGCCUGCUGGGUGGACAUAGACCAAGGAUUUGUUGACAAGCUCAUUGAUGAUAUGCCUGUCAGAGGGUAG